GUUGAAAUCGGAAAACGACUCCGGGGAGAGAUAAUCAGCGCCGAUUCCAUGCAGGAAAUGGUGUAGCAUCAAUCAGAGAAGCAAGAGUCGAACUUCAUAGCGGUUAAAACAAGGUCUCCAUGAAAAGAAAACGCUCCAGGUUGUGAAAAACCGUGACGGACUUUGACAGCUGUCAUAAACCUGCAGGGAGCCCCACCACCCAGCAGCCCUCGCAGCUACCACCUGACUGAGUGAUGUAAAGCGGACAGAGGUGGUGUACCAGGGUCUCGACAUCAUUACCAACAAGGUGACGGCCAAGGAGAGCGCCCAGUGUCGGCAUCACAUGAUCAGCUUUGUGGAUCCGUUGGUUAGCAACUACACGGUGGUGGACUUCAGGAACAAAGCUGUGUCUCUAAUAGAUGACAUGCAUAAUCAAAAUAAAUUGCCUGUUAUUGUUGGAGGCACAAACUAUUACAUUGAGUCCCUGCUGUGGCGAGUCCUACUGGACUCUGGGAAGGGGGAUUCGGGGGAUGGCGGCGAUGGAGACAUCGACAGGAAGUCUGAACUGGAGAAAAUGGGACGAGCUGAAUUACACAAGCGACUGAUGGAAGUGGACCCUGAAAUGGCUGCCAUGUUGCACCCCAACGACAAGCGCAAAAUUGCCAGAAGCCUGCAGAUUCACGAAGAAACGGGCGUUCCUCACAGCUCCUGGCUGGAAGAGCAGCGAGGCCAGCAGGGAGGCGACGGCCUCGGGGGCCCGCUGAGGUACCCGGACCCUUGCAUCUUUUGGCUCCAUGCCGACAUGGAUGCUCUGGGCAAGCGACUGGAUGCUCGUGUCGAUCAGAUGUUGUCAGUCGGAUUGAUAGAGGAGCUCAGGGAGUUCCAUGCCCGCUUCAAUCAGCAGAAAGUACAGAAUGACAGUCAGAACUACCAACACGGGAUAUUCCAGUCGAUUGGUUUCAAAGAGUUCCAUGACUACCUGACGGCUCCCGAAAGCAGCACCCAGCAGGAAAGAGACGCACUCCGAAGCAAAGGUGUCGAAGCUUUGAAGGUGGCUACGAGGCGCUACGCUCGCAAGCAGAAUAAAUGGGUCCGUAAUCGCUUCCUUAAACGACCCGGAGACCGCGUGCCGGCAGUGUACGGACUGGAUGUGACAGAUGUGGCGAGAUGGGAGGAGACCGUGCUGAACCCUGCACUGCAGAUACUGGACAGUCUCUGCAAGGGUGAGGAGCCCUCUAUUCCGCCAAUCAGAGUGAAGAGGGUGGAGCUAAGGAACAAACGGAGCCGGCAUACCUGCGACCUGUGCGACAAGGUGAUCAUCGGGGACCUGGAGUGGACCGCUCACCUCAAGUCCAAGAAGCAUCACUUCCACGCCAGGAAGAAGCGCAAGUUCGACGUCGCGAGCAACGACGCUGCUCCGCGUAGCGCUUCGCCUCCCGCCUCGGAUGCCGAAACCCGGACGAACUAUUCGGAAUCCAAACAGGACACCCACGCAGCACACUAAUGAAGCAGCCGUGACAUUUUCAAAAAGAUCCACAGGCUGUCAACUACAAAGUCUAUGGUUGCACUUGGACCCAUUAAUUUUUUUUCUUUUUCUUUUUUUUUCCUCCGGUGGAAACACGCACAGCACUACAUUUCUUUGGUGCUGCCCCACGAGAUGCUGCUUUCGGUAGGAAUUUUAGUAUUUCACAGUUUAUCAUGGAGACUGAGUUUUGGUUCAAUCCGAGCAUGGAUUAUUUUUUAGUCUCAAUUUUGUGGAAACGUGAACUAAAGAUACACUAUUCGGACAAAAGUAUUCAGACGUUUGGACUUCACAGCUCCAGGAACUGUGGACAAAUGGAGGAAACUAUAGUAUUGCACUCCUUUUUUUUGUAGAACUUUAGUCUUGAGUUUUUGAGCAAAGGCCAAGACAAUCUAUUGUUUUUAUGAAAACGAUUUUUAGUCAGGAUCACUCCAAAGGGGAUUUUCCUAAAUAUUGUGACCUUUGGACCUACUUGAACUGAGACUGGAGGAGAAUAGUGUUGGUAGCACUACGUCUUGACUUUGGCGCAAGCUUUAUUUUUCUCCUUAAAAUGGAAGAAAUGCUUUUUUGUGGACACUCGAACCAAAGAGCGUACAGUACUCGGUCAAAAGUAUACGGACACUUGGCCGUUAUAUGGAGAGGAAUUGAAAAAGAGAAAACAAAUCUAGUCCCUCCCCUCCAAGUAUCAUUGUGACAUGUUCGUCUUUGUUUUGCUCCAGAAGCAAGAUUUAUGAGGAACUGAUAAGUAGAAUACUUAUAAUAAUAAUAAUAAUACUUAUAAUUUAUUGAUCAAGAGGUGUAUUUGAACAAAUGAUGUGCCUUAGAUCUCUUUUUAGUUGCGCCUAUUGUCCAUAAAAACUUUUAAUUCACAGAUGUUAGCCCUGUGGGUUUUGUCAUCAUGCACUUUAAAUGGAUGCAGCUCAUUUUUAAAAGAGUUAAUAAACAUUUAU